AUGGAAGAUGCGGAGAACCUUCUUGACGACAUGCUCGAGGCGGCCGAGGCAGCGCGCCACGAGACCGAGCUGACUCUGGCGCCGCAGGCGCCCGACGCGAAUGAACCGUUUGCGGCUGUGGCGGGCGUGACUGCAGGCGAUGUGGCGGAAGGAGUGGUGGAAGAAACGGUAUAUCAAGGUGUGACAGAAGGAGAGGUGACUGAAGCGGGGGCGGGUGAAGGCGAGGGGUUCGAUCUGAAUAUGGAUGCUGGUGGGGCCGGUGCGGCGACGGUCAUCAUAACCGAGGGCGCAGCAGCUGAAGCCGAACCAGCGACCGGACCAGAAGCCGAACCAGUUGCCGAACCAGGAACCGAGCCUGGUUCGGGCUUGGAUGUUCCCGAGCCUCAGAGUCUGCAGGUCGGGACUGAGGAGCAGGCUCGGGAGUUUAUUGGCGAAUACCAGGAGGUGGGCGGAGAGGGCGGGGGUGGUCAUAUAAUGCAGCAGGAGACGGCGGUUGCUUAUGGGGAGGGUGGCAUGGCGGAGGGGGAACAGCCGAGAGCUGACGUGGAAAUGGCGGAAGCAGCGGAAGGAACUCAACAGGGUGCUUAUAUCGAGCAACCAGUGCAAUACGAGGGUGCGCAGCAGCAGAAGCACGUGGGCGCAGAGCAGGCAGGGGCAGCAGAGCAAGCGGGUGAGCCUGCUGUAGCAGGCGAGCAACCGGCUGUAGCUGAGCAAGAGGCAGGAGAGGCGUGGCAGGGAGAGGCUGUAGCACAGGCCGAACCGGCUGUAGCAGGCUACGAACAUGGUGGAGGGACAGCUGUAGCUGGGUAUGAGGCUGCUUUCCCUGGGCAGGAGGCGGCUGUAGCUGCUGCUGGCGGAGGUGAGACGGCAGGGGGGCAGGUUGUAGCACCGGCUGAAGUGGGCGAAAUGGUUACCACUGCUGCUGGCGAAGGAGAGGUGGCGACAGGGGCGAACGAAGGUGGUAUUGUUGGAGAGAGCGUGGCGCAAGGAGAGGGGGAAAUGGCGCCAGCAGCAGAAGCGCAAGGAGCGGUGACAGAGGGCGAGGGAGCGGCCUUGUAUGCCCAAGGCAUGGCGGCGGUUGCUGAAGGGCAGCAUGGGGAGGCGGCAGCAGUGCCUGGCGCGCACGGGGAAGGCGGAGAGGGCGGGGGCGGGGGAGGGGGCGAGUAUGCACAUGAGCACAUGCAAGCGGGCUUGGAAGGCGGUGAAGGUGGCGCGUUAGUGCCUACUGCAGAGCAGCCGGAAGCAGGAGCAGCACCAGGCGGGGAAGGGGGAGAAGCAGCAGCAGGCGGGGAGGGGGCAGCAGUAGCAGCGGCAGAGGCAGAAGCAGCAGCAGCGGCGGCGGAGGUGGCGGCGCACAUAGAGGCGGCGGAGAGGGUGGUGGUGCAGUCGCAGCUGCCCCAGCCCCCGCCGUCCCCCGCGGUGGGCAAUGUGGCGGUGCUGCCCAUGCUGCUGGACCAGAUCGAGGCGCACAUCCUCUUCUACGGCCGCAUCUUUCGCAAGGAGCCGUUGGAAGAGGAGCUGCGAGCUCUGGUCUUUGCCACGGUGCCCGCUGAGCUCGGCUCACCAGACCACCACCGCUGGCUGGAGAUAGCUGACGCGUGGCGGCGCCGCAGAGAGGCCGCCCCCGCCGCCCUGCUCCUGGACGGCAGCGGGGCGGCAGCGGGCGGCGGCGGGUACGUGUCCCCGGAUGGGGGGAGGGGGCGCGGGCGGGGCAGGGGGAGGGGCAGCGGGCGCAGGGGCAGGCGGGGGAGCAUGCAUGCGUUUGGGUAUGGCGGAGGCAGGGGGGAGGGGGGGUACGGAGGGUAUGGGGGGUAUGGGGGGAGCGGGGGCUAUGAGGGGUAUGGGAUGGGGGAGAUGGGAGGGGGGAUGGGAGAGGGCGGGGUGAUGGUGGCGAGCGGGUAUGGCGGCAUGGGGGGAGGCGACUGGCACCUGGUGGGCGUGGAGAUCGUCCCCUCGUACGGCUCUGAUGGGGAGGAGAUGGGCGCAGAGGGGGAGGAGCGGGCAGGGGGCGCAGGGGGGGGCGCAGGGGGCGCGGGGGGAGGAUCCAUGGGCACUCGACCAGUGGUGGCAUGGGCGGAGGUAUGGCCGGGGAAAUUAGAGGAGCUGGUGGAUAGGAAGGACCAUGCGGGGGUGGCUGCGGCCCAGGUGAUGACGGCCGCUGUGGUGGCGCGCGCGGCGUCGGCGGCGGUGCGCGCGGCAGCAGAGGCAGUGGCGGUGUUCAAGGAGAGGGCGGUGGCUGCUGCAUGGGCGGAGAAGCAGGGCGGUGCGGGGGCGAAUGGGGCGCAUGGGGGGUAUGGGGGGCAUGGGGGGUAUGGCGUGCAUGGGGGGGAUGGGGGAUAUGGAGGGUAUGGAGCUGGUGCCACGUGGCAGGAUGCCACUGGCGCAGGGUCCCCGUUUGCGGAGUCCCCCUGGGCGCCUGAGCCCCCCUUCCCCCUGACGUCCGUGGCUACUGCUGCACAGGUUCCACGUGGGCACGCCCGUGGAGGUGGCGUCGAACGAGGAUGGCCUGAGGGGCAGCUGGUUCACGGGCACGGUGCUGCAGCUGGAUGCACGGCGGGCGCUCGUGCGAUACGACCAGCUGCUGGACGAUGCUGGAAGGAUGCAUAUGUGCUGUGCUCACCCUAUUCCUCCGUGCACCCCCAUCUCUUUCGUGAUCCCAUUUCUCCCGUGGUGGGAGGGGGUGAUAACAGCGCUGCCCGACGAUUCAGCAGCCAGCAUGGCCACCGUGGAGUUCCCAGGCUAUGGGGAGAUGGCGCAGAAGCAGCUGACGUGGCAGCAGCUGCGGCCGUCGAUGGUGUUUGA